AUGUCUACGCCCUGGCUGCAUCUUGAGAUCAGGCGAAUUUGCGCCAAUGUCUUGCAACUGGAAUUGAACGAUGUCGACCCCCAGCGCUCGUUCCUGGCACUGGGCGGCGACUCGCUGCUGGCCAUCAAGGUGCUGGCCCAGUGUCGUGCGCAGGGCAUCACCAUUAACAUUGCCGAUAUCAUGGCUGCCGGCACCAUCGAGUCGCUAUAUUCAAUGGCACAGGGCCCUCCAGAAGUGGCCUCGUCCGACAGCAGCAUCGUCGACAGCUCAGUGCCGGAUCUGGGCACUCUGACGCCGACCACAGAGAUCGGGUCGGUCUUGGUAGACAAGAUCUCUCCUGAGAUUGAAGCCAAGCUGUCAGCGGUAUCUGCAUCGCGAGACCAUGUCGUCCAGGCUGUUGUUCCGUGUUCAGCCAUUCAAGACCGCAUGCUCGUCAGUCAGCUGCAAAAUCCUCAUCUAUACUCCUGCUGCUUCGUUCUCAAAUUCACACAUUCACACUCUGGGCUGCCGGUCAAUGCCCAGCGUCUAGGAGAAGCCUGGACUCAGGUCGUCAAGCGGCACUCCAGUCUUCGCACAGCCCUCGUCGAGAGCACUCAGCGACCCGGCCAUUAUAACCAGGUCAUCCUGGCCGAUAUCACUCCCUCGAUCGAAUACUACGAGGGCACCGACCACCUCUCCUCCCCCGAGUUCAGCGUCAAUACCCCCGUCACCUUCGAAGCGCAUACAAUCCCCCACCGCGUCCAACUCGUCCAAGCCUCCCCCUCCGAUCUAUAUAUGAAACUCGAUGUAUCACACGUGCUGGUGGAUGGACAAUCGGCGGAAGUUCUGCUGCGAGAUCUCAGCGACGCCUAUCGCGAUGGCAAGCUCCCCCCUGCCUCGCUAUCAUACAGUGGCUAUGUCACCUCAUACCUCCACGAGCCCUCGCGACAGACCGAGCCGGCGAAGGAGGAUACAAGCCUGGAAAUCAUCCCGUUGACAGUUCCAAUGGACCGUCCCAACGAGGGCUUGACUGGCUUCGACACCGUCAGUGUGGACGUGCCUCUGGACUCUCAACUCGUCCAGUCUGUCUGUGCCCGAUACUCCGUGACUCUCGCCACAGUUUGCCAGCUGGCCUGGGGACUGGUGCUGCGAUGCUACGGAGGGACGGACAGCGUGUGCUUCUCGUACGUCAACUCCGGUCGCUCGAUGUCCAUCCCUGGCGUGCAUGAUGUGAUCGGGCCUAUCGUGCAGACCUCGUUGUGCUCGAUCCAGCUCCCUGCUGCCGAUGAAUUGUCCACAACCCUGCAGCGUCUUCACAAGGAUGCCCUGCAGACCCUGUCUCAGAUCUCGCCGCUGGAAUCUGCAAGCAGCACGUCCAAGUCAGCUCGUCAGCUCAGCAACACGACAAUGUCGUUCCAGCACGCUAUAGACGAUCGCCCUGUGCGAGGAGCGAAUCUGUCUGUUGCAAUUGAAGGGAAGGCCAACCCGACCGAUUACGAUAUCUCUCUAGGAAUCACGUCAGGGCCCGAUGGUCUGUGUAUUGACCUAGACUACUGGGGCUCGCGACUCGACAGAGACAGUGCUAAGGCAAUGCUGGGUGCAUUCGAGGCUGCAAUCAGGGGAGUCGUUGGCUCCCCCAAUGCCUCAAUAUCCAACAUCAGUGUUCUAUCACCAAGCGACGAGGCCCAACUCAGCCAGUGGAACUCGGGUAUUCCCAAGGCAAGUCGGGUCUGUGUCCAUGACAAGAUUAUUGAAAUCUCCAAGCUUCAGCCAGACGCUGCUGCUGUUAAUUCGUGGGAUGGAGAUCUGACUUACGCUGAACUCACCUCGCAAGCAUCGACGCUGGCACACCAUCUGCGUAAUGAGCUAGGUGUCGGUCCUGAGAAGUUUGUCGGUAUUUGUAUGGACAAGUCAAAAUGGACCAUUGUCUCCAUGCUCGCCGUUCUCCUGGCUGGUGGCAUUGUGGUCCCGCUGGGUGUUUCCCAUCCCAGGGCUCGAGUCAAGGGCCUCCUCACAGACACCGCAGCAGUUGCUCUUCUCGUCGAUGGCAGACACUCUGAACGACUCGCAGGCUUGGAGCUGGAAACUACCUUCACCUUGACGGUAGACCAGCAGCUGCUGGAGUCUCUCCCCAGCCUGCCCGAACCUCCUGUCUCUGGAACGACACCAGACAACGCUGCAUGGGUCAUCUACACAUCAGGAAGUACAGGUGUGCCCAAAGGUGUCGUCCUGCUACACCAAAAUAUCUCGACCAGUGUUCUAGCCCACGGAGGCAUGUUCGGGGUUAACUGCACAACCCGCACUGCGCAGUUCGCCGCCUACACCUUCGAUGUCAGUCUGUCUGAUAUCGUCAUGACGCUAUUCCACGGCGGCUGCAUCUGCGUCUUCUCCGAGGAAAGCCGUAUGAACAGCCUCACUGAAGCUCUCCAAAAGCUCGCAGUCAACUACGUCAACCUUACUCCGACCGUUCUCGGCUUGCUAGAUCCAACUGAGCUGCCGGAGAUCCACACCGUCGUGGCCGGCGGAGAGGCGAUGGAUCCUGGCAUCGUGAAGAAGUGGUCACCGUACGCGAAGGUAUACAAUUCCGUCGGUCCGUCGGAGUGUACUAUCAUUGCCGUGGCAGCUGGACCCGUCACAGACCCUGCCCAGGCUGCGAAUGUUGGAUAUCCCACGGGCACCCGGUUAUGGGUGACUCUGCCCACUGACCCCAACCAGCUGUGCCCUGUUGGCGUACCAGGUGAACUCCUGAUCGAAGGCCCUAUGCUCUCCCGUGGUUAUCUCAACGACCCGGAGAAGACGGCCGCAGCAUUCAUCACGGAUCCAGCCUUCAUCGCAGACCUCGAGGCCCGCAAUCCCGCAUGGAAGGUCCAGUUCCAGGGCAGCCAGCGCAGAAUGUACCGCUCCGGCGAUCUCGUCCGACAGAACAAGGACGGGUCCCUGGUGCACAUGGGCCGACGAGAUACCCAGGUGAAAAUCCGCGGGCAGCGUGUCGAAAUCGGCGAGAUCGAGUACUGGAUCGCCCAGUGUCUCAAGGACGUGCGCCGGGUGGCAGUCCUAGUCAUCGAACGAGGCCAGGCAAAGGAGCAAAAGUCCCUGGUUGCAGCGAUCGAAUUCAAAGAGCAUAACCAGUUCUUCAAGCACGGCGACGAUGUCUAUCCGGCUGAUAAUGCUGAAGAUCCCCCUGCGCCGCCGCAGCUGCUCCCACUGACUGAGUCGCUGUCGGGGGCUUUACAUGAGCUGCGGUCGUCACUGCUGGAACAUCUCCCCCCAUACAUGUCUCCUACCAUGUAUGCACCAGUCUCGCAGCUCCCCCUAAAUCUAUCUGGGAAAAUCGAUCGGCGCGCUGUAACCCGGUUCAUCAACGACCAGGAUGACGCACAGCUGCAGCAGUAUCUCGCCGUCGGCGGUCCGCACAAGGAACCCUCGACGGAGACCGAAUAUAAACUGCAGCGGCUGUGGGCGAAGACGCUGGGUGUCGAUGUAUCCCAGGUCAGCGCAGAUAGCCACUUCUUCCAUAUCGGUGGUGACUCUGUUGCUGCCAUGCGGGUUGUCUCUGUUGCUCGAGACGUCGAGCUAGUCCUCCGCGUUGCAGAUCUGUUCGAGUAUCCUCGUCUGCAGGAGCUUGCGCGCGUAGUCGAGAACCGUGUUCUAGAGGAGAACGACGAGGAAGACCCGGCGCCGUUCAGUGUGUGGAGAGAGAGUGCCAGUAUCGACCCUGCCGAGGAAGACGGCAAACUUGUCCAGAUCGCAGAACUGUGCAGUCUGCCCAGGGAACAGAUUGAAGAAGUCCUCCCCUGCACUGCCCUUCAAGAGGGUCUAAUCGCCCUUACGGCCCAGCAGCCGACGGCGUAUAUAGACCGUCAAGCAUUUUCUCUUGCUGGUAAUGUGGAUGUGGACAAAUUCCGCGCUGCCUGGCAGACGGUCGUGGACAGGACUUCCACCCUGCGGACGCGAAUCGUAUCUGGACCAGAGACCGGAUCGUUGCAGGUUGUUAUCACGCCUGGCGAGAUUGACUGGCACAAGUCAUCUUCAUUGGAAACAUACCUCGAGUCCGACAGACAAACAGGCAUGGCAACAGGUCUCCCCUUGAACCGUUUCGCCCUCGUCAGCCAGCCAGAUGGCCAGCGAUUCUUCGUAUGGACAGCCCACCAUAGUACAUACGAUGGUUGGAGUCGUGGUCUUGUCUUGCAGCAGGUCGCCGAUGUAUAUAUGGGUCAGGAGCUGGCUCCCGCGGCUUCAUUCUCGCGCUUCAUCCAGUACGUCGAGCGCUCCCAGACGCACGAGGCAACGGCUUCAUACUGGCGCGCACAGCUCUCAGGCGAAGCAAGCGCUGAAUUCCCUGCUUCCCCGAGUGCAAAAUACAGACCUCGUCCCCAGAAGCGGCAUAAGCACGGUAUCAGCUUCGCCAAAGCAGGUUCAACAGGCGUCAUGCUGCCGGAUAUGCUUCGCGGGGCGUGGGCACUCGUCGUCCAUCAGUAUAUAUGGAGUGACCCUGUCUUCGCCGUUGCUCUGUCUGGACGUAAUGCUCCAGUGCGUAAUGUGACGAAUAUCACUGGCCCUACAUUAACGACCGUCCCUGUGCGUGUCGCCAUCAACCCAGAGCAGGGCGUGCAAGAGUUCCUACAGGACGUGCGACAGCAAUCCGUCGGGAUGAUUCCGUACGAGCACACCGGUCUGCAAAAGAUCAGGAGGAUUGUUCCAGAGGUGUCAGCAGCGAUAGAUCUAAAGCAUUUGUUUGUCGUGCAGCCUGCGAGCGACGACGAGCGGAAGUUCAAGAUACCUGGUUUCGAGUCGCUUGUGCAGCAGCUGCAUGUCCAGGGCCAUGGCAGCACUAAGAUCAAGGACCUGGAGCUCCUCAGUGUUGAGGAUAUCAAGCAACUGGAGAAGUGGAAUUCCAAACCUCUUCUCAGCCCACUUGAUGACACUUUGCAUGGAGUAGUCGCCUCUGUUGCUCGCUCCCAGCCUCAAGCCACUGCCAUUGAAGCAUGGGACGGGUCCCUGACAUACGAGCAGCUGCUCUCCUAUGCAUCAACACUCGCCAGCCACCUGGUUCACCUAGGGGUUGGACCCGAGGUUUCCGUUCCUGUAUGUAUGGACAAGUCCGUCUGGGCCAUGGUCUCUUUCCUGGCUGUCUUGCAGGCUGGAGGCGUUGUUGUGCCCCUAGGCGUCGGCCAUCCCCUUCCUCGCAUUGCUGCGAUAAUCGCAGAUACCAAAGCCUGCGUUGUUCUAGUAGACUCGAAGCAGGCCGGCCGUCUAGCAGAGCUAAUCUCCACGCAUGAUAUCUCACUGUUCCCCGUCGGGACUGAAACGCUGGACAACCUCCCAGCUGCAUCGUCCACCACAGUAUCAAUCACCCCAGACAACGCUGCCUGGAUCGUCUACACCUCUGGAUCAACCGGCCAGCCAAAGGGCGUGGUCCUCACACAUGCAAAUCUAUCAACGGCAGUAAAGACCCACGGUGCCCGUUUCGGACUGGGCACACAUACACGCACAAUCCAGUUCGCAGCACAUACCUUCGAUGCCGUCCUGCAGGACUACUUCACCACGCUCGUCAGCGGAGGAACCGUCUGCGUCCCAUCCGAGGAAGACAGAAUGAGCAAUCUAGCCGGAAUCAUGCGAUCUAUGAACGUCAACUUCGCGAACCUAACCUCAACCGUCGCACGCCUUCUCACCCCCGAGCAAGUCCCCAGUCUGAAACUGCUCGUUCUCGCCGGCGAACAAAUCCAAGACGCCGUCGUCGAGACAUGGUAUAACCACGCCAACGUACUAAACGUCUACGGUCCAACCGAGUGCUCCAUAAACUCCACCUGCAACGGACCGAUCACCGAUCUCUCUGAUGCCCAGAGCAUCGGACACGGCAUGGGCUCUCGCAUCUGGAUCGCCGAUCCCACGAACCCGCACCGUCUCAGCCCAGUGGGGACGCCCGGUGAGAUUCUCAUCCAGGGUCCGGGUCUCGCGCGAGAAUACCUAGGGGAUAAAGCCAAAACGGACGGCGCGUUCAUCCGCAAUCCUGAGUUCGCUACGCGGUUCGGGCUCUCGGAUUGCCGGGUGUAUCGGACGGGAGACCUGGGGAGGCAGACAGAGGACGGAAAGAUAUUGUAUCUAGGCCGCAUUGAUACGCAGAUCAAGAUCCGUGGGCAGCGCGUUGAGAUCGGUGAGAUCGAGCACUGGAUUGGACAUCAUCUGGCGGACGUCAAGCAUGUCGCUGUGGUUGCCAUCUCGCGCGGGGGAGACAAGCAGAUGCGUCUUGCUGCGGUGAUCCAAUUCGACGAAGGGAGGAAGGCUGAUGCCGAUACCUUUGCACAGCUGAAGAAGACAGUGGCGUCCCAGAUGCCCAGUUACAUGGUGCCUGGGCUAUACAUCCCUGUUGAUACCGUCCCAUUAACCGUCUCCGGAAAGCUGGAUCGACGGGUUAUUCGCCAGAUGGUGGAGGAUAUGCCUGUAUCUGAACUCGAACAGUACUUCGCUGGCGAAGUGCGCGAGGCUCGAGUCCCCGUUUCAACGGACAUGGAGAAGGCGCUGCAGCGCGUAUGGGCAAAUGCCCUAGGAGUUGAAGUCGACGCCAUCGGAGCCGACGAUGAUUUCUUCCAGCUGGGCGGAGACUCCGUCGUGGCGAUGCAUAUCUCUGCUACGAGUCGUCCGGAUCCGGUGCUCGCUGGCCUGGCUGUUGCUGAUAUCUUCUUGCAUCCGCGAUUGUCGGACCUGGCGAAGUUUUUGGAGGAGAGGGGUGUUGUAGAGGAGGAUGUUGAGGAAGAGGACGACGAUGGUCCGUUUGCAUUGCUUCAGGAGGCGUUGGAUUUGGAUUCUCUAUAG